GAUUACUGCUUUGCACACUCUUGGCAUUCGAGACCUCUGGCAACUCCUUCAAGACAGUAGGAAAACCAUUUCAGGUGACUACCUCUUGAAGCUCAUCGAGAGAAUGCCAAGAGUUUAACGUAACAUUAUAUAUUGUUUACUAUUUUAUUUUAAUUCUCAUAUUCACACAUUAUGUUAUUGUUUUAACACUGUAUUAUUGUAUGAACUAACUAGAAAUACAGUGUAGCAUAGAUCUAAAUCGUAUAUGCACAUGCAUGCUACACAUGUUUACCAUCAUUAUAGAAGCAUUUCUACGAGAAUACAACUUAUUUGUUGUUUGUGUUCUGACUUCCAUUUACCCAUCGGUUUACUGUAUUCUCAUUUGACCAAAGGGGCACCUAAGAGGCAAUCAUUCCCAGAAUACAGUACUGUUGCUGUCUGGUAAUUACUGGUUUGGAAGUGACGGGGUUAAACGGACAGGAACAGUGGCGCACUAUAGAUCUGGUAUCUGUGUUUCCACAGCAACACCUAUUAAAUUACAUGCAUGCUUGCUGGCAUUGGACUUUAAACGGGUGGAGAGACAGGAAACUAUUUUCUUCCUGGACUGAAACAGACACAUUUGAAAAUGGCUAAAUUCUUCACACCGGUUCAAAUCAACGAGUUCAAAGAGUGUUUCUCCUUGUAUGACAAGAAGCAAAAGGGCAAGAUUGACGCCAAGGACCUGGUCACAGUUAUGCGCUGCCUGGGUACAAGCCCAACACUUGGGGAAAUUGAGAGACAUCUUCAAGUACACAAAAUUGAGCGCUCAGGCAACUUGGACUUCUCCACGUUCCUCACCAUGAUGCACCGUCAGAUACAGCAAGAAGAUCCAAAGACAGAAAUCCUGGAGGCGCUGAGGAUGACAGACAAGCAGAAGAAAGGAUUCAUGCAAGCCUCAGAGCUGCGGGCCAAGCUCACCAUGUUGGGAGAGAAACUUACCAACAGGGAAGUGGAUGAUCUGUUCAAAGAAGCCAACAUCAAGUCCAAUGGAAUUGUUAACUACGAGGAGUUCACCCAAAUGGUGAUUCUGCCGCCUGUUGAUUACUGAAUGUGCUCCAUGGCAGGGUGUAGCCCGCCUACCGCCCGAAUGCAGCUGAGGUAGGCUCCAGCACCCCCCGCCACCCCAAAAGGGACAAGUGGUAGAAAGUGGAUGUAUGUAUGUAUGUAUGUAUUCAUUUUAUUGCUGUGAUUAUGUUAUGUUUGAUUUUAUUGUUAUUUAAUUGUUGGCAUUUCACAAAUUGCCCAGGGACUACAGUUGUUCAAUGGCUCACACUGACACAUUAACAGAAAUGUGUAUUAUUAUGGGCUGUCCCGGUUCUAAAUCAAUUGAAAUGAUGUAUUAUUUUUUUAAUUCAAUAGAGAUGAUUAAUAAAAAAAAAAAGAUAAAAAAAAAAAAGGAGAUAUUUGUUUUUUAGUCUUUGUUAGGUGAAAAGUGGAAAAUGGAAAAAUAAAUGAACGAAUGAUACAUGGAUUGUUUGGUCUAAUGUUUUUUUUUUAUUUUUUUAAUCUUUGUAUUUUUUAAGCAUUGUUCAGUUUUCAAUUUAAAAUAUUACAAAUUAGUAAUUAAUUAAUCAUUUUGUAAAAAAAUAAAAUAAAAAAUGCAAUCAGUUCUCCCAGUAUUUUGCUGAUUUAUUUUUGUGAUUCUA